CCUGGCUACGAGGUGCCCGGGGAGGACCUGGGGAGCCAGGGCACAGCAUGGCCCCACAGACUGCUGUGCGGCUGUCCCUGAAGAAGCCCACCUAUGCAGUGUGUGUGGUGGGAGUCAAGAUGUAUGUGGACAUUCGCAGCCACGUGCCCAAGGGCGCUGAGAGCUUCAGGGUCUCUGGGAGCUCCGGGGUAGAGCUCUUGGUCGUCUAUGGCCCAGCGCAGGCGACAGAGCCCGUAAGCAAGGACCCCUGGCCCCUGGACGCCAACGUGGAAGUGACCGUAUCCGUGAACGCAGCCAGUAAGGCCUUAAAUGAUCUCAAGGUGAAGGUCUCCUACUUCAGGCAGUAUGAGGACAGUGCCCUGGGCCACAGUGUGCUCUACCUCACUGGUGUCGAUAUCUCCCUCGAUGUUGACACGGGCCGCAAGGGGAAGGCUAAGCGGAGCCACGUCGACAAGAAAACCUGGCGCUGGGGCCCUGAGGGCCACGGGGCUGUCCUGCUGGUGAACUGUGACCGGGACAGUCUCGAGUCCAGGGGGCUUGACCUCGACGACAGCCAGCUGACGUCCCUGGAUGACCUGAAGGACAUGUCCCCAAUGGUGCUGACGUGUGAUGGCCCCAACGGACUCUUUGACAACCACAAGCUGGUCUUGCAUGUGCCGUUUUCUGAUUCCAAAAGAGUGGGUGUCUUCUGUGCUCGGGUGCUCACUCCGGUUCCCCUAGGUGGGAACUCCCUCUCAGACUACAAGCAGGUGCUGGGUCCCCAGCAUCUGUCCUACGAAGUUGAACGGCAGCCAGGGGAGCAGAAGAUCAGCUUCUACGUAGAGGGUCUCACCUUCCCCGAUGUUGAUUUCUCGGGGAUGGUCUCUCUCAGCGUCAGCCUGGUGGACACAGGGACCCUGCCCGAGGUGCCCAUCUUCACAGACACUGUGGCCUUCCGCAUGGCCCCCUGGAUCAUGACCCCCAACACCCAGCUCCCCCUGGAGCUGUAUGUGUGCAGUGUGGUUGACUCUCAUGGCUCAAAUGAGAAAUUUCUGGAGGACAUGUCUGACCUGGUGUCGAAAGCCAACUGCAAACUGAUCAUCUGCCCUUCGAUUGAAAAUCGAGGUGACCGCUGGAUCCAGGACGAGAUGGAAUUUGGCUAUGUGGAGGCACCUCACAAAUCCUUCCCGGUGGUUUUUGACUCCCCCCGAGACAGAGGCCUGACGGGCUUCGCCUACAAGAGGAUCCUGGGUCCUGAUUUUGGCUACGUAACCCGGAAAAUCCCAUUUCCUGGCGCCUCCGGCCUCGACUCCUUUGGCAACCUGGACGUCAGCCCACCAGUGACCGUGGGUGGCAAGAAGUACCCCCUGGGCCGGAUCCUCAUUGGCAGCAACUUCCCCAAGUCCGGCGGGCGGCGAAUGGCCAAGGUGGUGCGGGACUUCCUGAAGGCCCAGCAGGUGCAGGCGCCCGUGGAGCUCUACUCGGACUGGCUCUUCGUGGGCCACGUGGACGAGUUCCUGACUUUUGUGCCUACCUCGGACCAAAAGGGUUUCCGGCUGCUGCUGGCGAGCCCCAGCGUUUGCCUUAAACUGUUCCAGGAGAAGAAGGAGGAAGGGUACGGGGAGGCGGCCCAGUUUGAUGGGUUACAGCACCAGGUGAAGAGAAGCAUUAAUGAGAUGCUGGCGGACAAAAACCUCCAGCGGGACAGUCUCUUUGUACAGAAAUGCAUCGACUGGAACCGGGAGGUGCUGAAGCGGGAGCUGGGCCUGACGGAGCGGGACAUUGUGGACGUCCCGCAGCUCUUCCACCUGAAGGGCCUGUACGCGGAAGCCUUCUUCCCCAACAUGGUCAACAUGGUGGUCUUAGGCAAGCACCUGGGCAUCCCCAAGCCCUUCGGGCCCAUCAUCAACGGCCGCUGCUGCCUGGAGGAGAAGGUGCGGUCCCUGCUGGAGCCGCUGGGCCUCCACUGCACCUUCAUCGAUGACUACUUGUCCUACCACCGGCUGUUCGGGGAGAUCCACUGCGGGACCAACGUGCGCCGGCAGCCCUUCUCCUUCAAGUGGUGGCACAUGGUGCCCUGAGCCUGCUCCCGGCCUGCCGUUCUCUCUGCCCACCUGCCAGGAACCCCGCCAGAGUGAGACCGAGGAACCUCUACCUGCCCCCCGUCCCUCAGAGGAGCCCUGGGCUCACCUCCCAUGUGCCUGCGAAUGUGCUGGCCACCGCGGGCACUGGGACGCGGGCAUGGACACCGCACAAGAAGGGCCACCCCGGUCUUCCCUCUCCGUCUCUCCGCCCACCACUCCCAGAGGGUCUGGAGGUCAGCGGCUCUAGUGUGUUCAAGGAUGGCGGCGCGUGGCCUGGGCAGGCGCCCCGCUCUGAAUGGCUCCCCUCUGUCCUGACAGGUCCUUGGGGUUUGCACCAGGAAUGGGGCCCGGGGAGCCUGGGCUCUGGUGUGAGGGCCCUGGAUCUAGGCACCUGUGGCUCCAGUAAGGCCAGGAAGGGGGCCUGCGACCCUUCUGUCCUCCGCGCUGUGACCUCCCUCAGCCGAGUUUGCACGGGCAAAUACAGACGGGAACGCAGCUUCAGAGAGCCUGCUCUAAAAAGGAAAAAAGGCAACAGGACCCUUUAGUACCCGACUCUGUCCUCAGAGGGUGCUUAUUAUCUGUUCAGAAAGACUUUAAUUAUGAGUGCUGGUUGCUUUGGGCUCAAAAAGACUCCGAGGUCAGAGUGCGGCCUGGGAGGGCAUCAGAGGGAGGAGGGCCUGGCAGGAGGGGUGGCGCCGGAGGGCAGAGAAGGCUGGGGUGCAAGGGCAAAGGCCGGGGCCUGGCUUCUGCGUCCCAGGGCUCCUGGGCCUUGGACCUGGACUCUGGAUGUCAAGGCGGCUGGCUUUCCAGAUGUAGCAGGGAGGGGCCCAGAUGUGAGAGGAGGGCGGGGGGCCAUUAGGUUAUCUCUGAAGGUGGGGUUUAAUUUCCUUUAAUAGUGUCUAAUUAUUCCCCUUCCUUCUGCAGGCAGUGGGAGGGAAGGCUCGCCCGGGCUCUCUCAGCAACCCUGAGACCCGGCGCGUAGCUUGGGUCCCACCUGGGGGUAAACCCCCGUGACAGCCCUGUGUCCCCUCUGAUAGAAGGGAGAUGGAGCUGCCACCGGGGUUAACACACCAGCCCGGGUGAGGUCUCCAGGACAAGCCAGGCAGGCGGGCUUGGCCAGUGCAGGGUGAGAGGUGGCCCAGACAGGCAUGGGCAGCAGGGUCCCACUGCCUGGGGGCCCUCAGCCCCUGGGCCUUCACCUCGGGUUUCAGUGGCCCCUGGUGAGACCUAGAUCGAGUCUAAGAGCACCUAGUCGUCAGCCGCUUCCAUGGAAACCCAACUAGGAAACUAAUCAACGUGGAACUGCUCUGGUUUAAGGCGGCCCGGGCAGGGAACCCUCCCCUCCCCUCCACAAGGCUCUGUGGAGCCCCGUGUGCAAGCCCCCGGUCCAGCCUGCUCGCCGCCUGCUCAUAACCACGAAGAAACCUAGACUGAGCCGAGAAGAGAAGGGAGAUCACGGGUGAAGGGUGGUGGCCGGGGUCGGAACUCCCCA